AUGAACUACACAAACAUCUCUCUUGCAGAAACUGGAAUACUUGGUCGAUUCCAGUUUGUAACAGAAUCCCCUUUCCUUGGAAUCUUUCUCCUCGUAGUUUUAAUCCUGGCUACCUUUCUUGGUACUUGUGGGAAUGUGCUAAUUAUAGUAUCACUAUGCACCACCAUCAAGAUGAAAUCGUUGGACUAUAUUUUCAUCGGAAACCUGGCUAUUUCUGAUUUAUAUGUUACGCUUAUUGCAAACCCUAUGAAUAUUGUUGGUAAAUUAGAAGGGGAGAAGUUCUUCCUUGCCAAUCCAGGACUGUGUCAAGUGAUCGCCUAUCUCUGCACCAUUUCGUGCAUCAAUUCCCUAGGCUCAAUAACUCUCAUGAGCUUUAGUCGCUUUAUUUUCAUCUGCCAUAACAAAUACUACGAUACUAUAUUCAGAAAAAGCACUUCUAUCAUCAUGUGUGUCGGUCUUUACCUAACCGGUCUUCUGAUGGUUCUUCUGAAUUUGGCGGGAAUUGGUGAUCACUCUUAUGAUCGAAAGAGCCUUGAAUGCAUUUGGGACAGGAUGGCUACCUACUACUACACAGUAGCACUCUCUAUUGUUCUUGUAUGGAUCCCCGUAGUGCUAAAUGCGUUAUUCUACUUCAGUAUCUAUUAUAAAGUUCACAAGAAUGCCAACCAAAUUAUGGAUCUGACGUCAUCGAAGCUAGAGCGCAAGUCGGUCAGCCUAGCACGCACUUUGUUUCUGAUUUAUGCCAUUUUUGCGACAUGUUGGGUACCGUACGCAAUCAUUAUUGUAGCUGACAAGGAAAAUUCAUUUCCCCAUGAAGCACAUUUGAUUAUUACGACGUUUGCUCACUUGCAUCCAUCCAUUAAUGGGCUGGUUUACUACAAGACGAAUAAAAAAUUCCAGGAUGCAUUUAAUUUACUGUUGAAAUUGGACAGAUGUACUGUAAAAAUAAUAACAACUAUAAAAAUUUAG